GAGCAGUUCGACCUCCGGAGUCGUGCAGCGGUCCACUCCUGUUUCCUCUCAGUAUCCACCAUGAACCUUUCCUUCCCUUCUCUUUCCAGAAACCAAAACCUUCCACGAAGAAUACACGCAGGCAGACAGAAGAAGAAGACUAAGAGCCACGUCGCACACGCACAUGUUGUCGUUGCAGAGGAAAAGCAGCAACUGUGGCUCUUCCCAUGGGUUCUCCUUCUUUGGGUUUUAGGGCGCCCAUGAGGAAACUCUGCCCUAACCUCGACCGAGAAUGCACCCUCGACACCGUCCUCGAGGUCCCCGUCCCCGACGAGAUGCUCGCCAGCAGGCCCAACUGUUGGCACUCCAUGAAGGCCUGGCGUAGGUCCCGCCGCCGAGACAGGAGGCCCUCCUCCUCCUCCUCCUCUCCCAUCCUCGGCCGCCGCAAUUCCGAGCUUCAGCUCCUCCUCCGCGUCGUCGGCACUCCCCUAAUCCAUGUCCCCCUCCACGUCGGUCAAGCUCGCAUUCGAUCCUUGAAAGAUCAACCCCUAGAAUCGGGCAUGGCGAGGUACAUAGUCGAGCAAUAUGUUGCUGCAAUUGGGGGGCGCACAGCAUUGAGCUCUGUGAAGAGCAUGUAUGCAAUUGGGAAGGUGAGGAUGAUGACAUCUGACCUCCCUGAAGGGAGUGAGGUGGUGAGGUCGGGAAGGAGCGGUGCUGCACCCAGGGAUGGAGAAGGAGGCGGAAGAACAGCAACAUCAGCGGAGAUUGGAGGGUUCGUGUUGUGGCAGAAGGGACUGGACCUCUGGUGCAUAGAGCUGGUGAUCUCGGGGCUCAAGAUCAGCGCCGGGAGCGACGGGAAGGUGGCGUGGAAGCAGACGCCGUGGCAUCGCUCUCGCGCCUCAAGGGGUCCGCCACCUCCCCUACGCCGUUCUCUCCAGGGUCUUGAUCCAAGGUCAGUCGCCAGCCUAUUCGCCAAAUCUGAAUGCACCGGCGAGAAGACGAUCAAUGGGGAGGACUGCUUCAUACUCAAGCUCGAGGCGGAGGCACCAACUCUGAGGGCUCGAAGCAGCAAUAACGUGGAGAUGAUACGGCACACCGUCUGGGGCUACUUCAGCCAGCGGACCGGCUUAUUGGUUCGCUUCGAAGACUCGCACCUGCUGCGGAUCAACGGGAAGGGAGACCGCGAGUGCACCAACUGGGAGACUACAAUGGUGUCGCAGAUCCAAGGCUACCGGCAAGUGGACGGCAUCCUCAUAGCACACGAGGGCCGGACCGAGGUCUCGUUGUUCCGGUUCGGCGAGUCGUCCACUUACUGCACCAGAACCAGGAUGGAGGAGACGUGGAUCAUUGAGGAGAUAGAGUUCAACAUAUGGGGCCUAUCCAUAGAAUGCUUCCUGCCUCCCUCGGACCUGCAAAAGGAGCAAGACGUAGCCGAUGCCGCUGUCCAAGGGCCUGGAUCCAAAGCUGGUUCGCCGAGGGACGUGUUCGCCAUUCGCAACGAGGAGACGGAUUCGACAGAUGAGGAGGAAGGUGAAAGUUGA